AUGGUUGGCAAAGUAGAACUCAUUCCGAUUGUAGAAGGCAAUCAGAUUACAGUACAAGAAAAUGAAAAAGUUAUUGUUGGACGUGGUUCAUCGUUAGGCUGUAACGAGAAAAAAAUUUCUCGUCAUCAUGCAGAAUUACUACUCAAAGAUGAUAAUACUCUUUGGAUAACACCAACCCAUGCAAAUCCUGUAUUUUAUCGUCCAUCAAAUGGUAAAACAAUUCAAUUACAAAAAGAUGUUGAACGAGAAUUAAAAGAUGGUGAUCAAAUUGGUUUACUUCCAUCCAGUUUUUUCUUUCGUGUAAGCUUUUCUACUGAUGAAAACAAUAAUAAUGACAAAAAUGAUUCCGAUACGGAUUCAUUGCAUGCAUGGAAACAAGAGAAAAAUUCACCUCCACCACGUGCUGCAUCACCAGAUCAAUGGUCGCCGACACAUGGCUAUCGUCGUUCAUUUAGUAAUCAAGAUACAUCAGUGUUUGAUUUCGAUGAUGAUGCUAAUGAUGUACCAACUAAAACAUUGACUAAACGUACAUCAUUCGAAAAGAAAACAACGGCAGAUGUUGAACCAAAAUCACGUAUUUUAAUGCCAAGUCCUUCAGUUUCCAUAACUCGAAUUAUUGUUCCUUCACCACCUGCCAAUGAUCAAAAUGAUCAGGAUGAAAUUAAACCAUCUAAUACUACAAAUGAUAAACCACGUAAAUUACCUAAAUGGAUGGUAGCUCCAACUCCAUCACCUGUAGUGAAAUCUGCAACUACUACACCCAAGUCUUCCUAUGCACGAAGUUCAUCAUCUAAUGAUCCAACUAGUGCAAAACGGCAUUUGAGUUUUGAGGGUGAUACCAAUAGUGAUUUCAAUGAAUCAUCAAAUGUCUCAGGUGUUCGAUCACCGGUAGCACUUAUUGAUGUUAAAUCUCCAGGAAGAGUUCUAAGUAAAGUAGCUUCAACCAAAAGUCUUGAUAGUGAUAGUGCAGAUGGUUUUGAUUCUAUUCCAAUAAAAAUAACAUCACCAACAAAAAAAGUUAAAUCUGGCGGUAAACGUCGUCCAGCUUGUCAAUUUGGUACAUCUUGUUAUCGAAAAAAUCCUAAUCAUCGUUCUGAACUAUCACAUCCAGGCGAUAGUGAUUAUGAAGAUUCGAAAGAUACAGAUAAUUGCUAUGACAACAAUGUGGAUAAACCAUUAUGUCCAUUUGGUAGAACAUGUUAUCGACAGAAUCCUCAGCAUAGACGUGAUUUCAAGCAUUAA